UUAUGGGUCAUUAGUUUGUGAAUCUUAGAUUAAUAUAGCGUACCUCAUUAAAUUAUAAAAAUGUAUUUGAAAAAUUUUAUUUUUGUAAAUUUUAUUUAUAAUGUUGUAAUUAUAAAUGCUGGGCAAUGUUAUUCUACAAAAAACAAUGAUGAAGAAUUGAUAAAUCUUAUAGAUCGAGUUAGCACAAUGGAUAAUACAACAGAUAAUAAUACAACAGAUAAUAAUAUAACAGAUAACAAUACAACAGAUAAUAAUAUAACAGAUAACAAUACAACAGAUAAUAAUACAACAGAAAAUUUUGAAGACGAAAUUAAUGGCGAAUUUGAGUUCCCAACAUUAAUACUUGAGGAAAAUCUCAAUAGGGACAGAGAGUGGAAAUUGUAUCCGAGGCGUCAAGAUAGUUUUACGUUAGAUUUUUUACAGGCAUUAAGUACAACUAUAACUUACGAAAGUGAUAAAAUUUUGAUUACUAAUAAUGACAUACGUUUGCUAUCAGAGAUUGUUGAAUUUAAUGAAGAGAGAUUAAAAUUAUUAGAGAAAAUUAAAACAAAAAUGGAAGCAUUGCAAUGCGUUUACGCUUUUACCGUACUGGGUUACUUACAUUUGUUUGCUUCGAAUUAUAGUAAAAUAAAAAUAUUAGAAAUUGGAAACUAUCUAAAACUUAUUUUUUCAAUAUUUUAUGAAGUAAAAGUAUCAGUUCACAAAUAUUUUUGGCUUCUUCACAUUAGAAUAGCCGCAUAUGAUACUUGCUAUUCCGAUCAAGAUCCUAAAUUUUUUUUCUUUGAUCUAAGCAAUCACAUACAAAACAUGGAAAAAUUGUGUGAGAGUUGUGUGGAAAAAACUUACUUAAAAUAUAAUACAGAUAUACAGGUAAUCAUGGAACAAUCUAGUAUCGAUUUUGAAGUAUUAGUAAAUACAAUUCCAAACAUUCAUAAUCAUUUUAUUUUGAGGAACUAUAAGUUGGAUGAUUUGGCAGAAUUAAUUUCUUAUAUUUGUAAACCUAACGGUCCAAUCAAUUGGACCAAAGUAAUGGAGUGGAUAAAAUAUAGUCGAUCUGAGAUAAUAUUAUCAUCUAUAAAUGGUGAUUGGAAUCGAGAUCCAUAUAGAAACAUAAAGUACCAAACGUUAUUGCUACGUGUCAUAUAUGCUAAUGUUUUAUACCACGUUCUCAUACAUUUAAAAUCUUACAGUUAUAAUUUAAUGUUUUAUGGAGAUACUAACAGGAACCCUAUUAUUGCUGCUAAACUGAAACAGUUUUGGGUCCUUUUGAAAGAACCUUUAAUGACUGCUAUAAAAUUAUUAGACGUAUAUAGUGGGAUAAUUUGGAGUUUAUGGUACCAUAUGAUGUCGGAAGAUAUUGAAAUUCUUACCAUAGAUGAUAUGAUUCAAUAUUUGGAUGUAAAACUAUCCGAAGAGUUAAAAAAUUUGGGAGUCGAUGAAUCACAUAACCUAUUGAAAGAAUUUGAGAUCAUUCAAAUUGAUGAAACAACCGACAUUGAUUCCGAAUUAGUGAAAAAUAACACGACAUCAUUACAAAAGUACUUAACUAAAAUAGAAAAAAGAAUAAACCCAAUUAAUUUUUAUCUUAUUCGAUUUUUUCUCAACGGUCAAUACAAUUAAAUUUAUAUAUGAUUAAGGAAUAUUUUGAUAUUUUUUUAAAGUUAUAAUGGUGAACAAGGGCCACCUAAUAUCAUUAUAACUAAUUUAAAAAAAUAAUAAAUAAAAAUUAUAAAUUUUAAAAAAAGGUUCUCACAGGAAUAGUACUUUAAAGUUUCAAAUUUUUGAGUUAACAUACAUGUAUAAUAUUUAAGGGUUUUCUAUAUUAACAGUGCUGUAUUUAUAGAUGUUAAUUCACAACAUUAUGCCUAAUAUACUACUAUACUUUAAAUAUAUCUGUUUAUAAAGUCAUAAUUGUCAACAAACGCUACGUUUCUGCGAUAGCGACGUCAUAAAAAAACAAUUAGUUACCAGUAUUUUUAAUCCCCCAUGUAUUAUACAUGUAUAUUAAUUCAACAAUUUAAAACUUUAAAGUUUUAUGUCUAAUAAAUUAAUAAAGUUAUGUUAAAAAUUCAAAUGACAAUUACUAUUAAAAUAAAACCUCAAACAUUAUAUUAAAUUCAAAGUAUGUUAUUCCAUUAAAAAGAAAUAUUGACGCACUUUCAAGUCAUGAAGGAUGAACUUAAAAAAUAAUACAUAACUAAUAAUUCAAAAGUAACACACAAUUAAAGUCAUCCAAAAAAAAAUGUUUAAAUUAUUUUAAUUCUGUAAGUAAUUAAAUGGGUUAUGAUAAAAAAAUCACUCUGUAUACAGUAACAAUCAAUUAUUUAUAAAAAUUGUUUUCUUUAUACCGUUAGUAAUAUAAAAAAUUAUCGGAUAAUAAUAUAUUAUAUAUUUAUUCUUUAUAAAAAAAACACAUGGUAAAAUUUGUUGGAGAUAUAUUAAUAAUUUAAUAUUCAAUUAUCAGUACAAUACCAAACCUAUAAAAUAAAUUGUAGAAAAUUAAAUAAUUUAAUCAUAAAUAAUAACGUUUUUUUAAUGGAUUUCUAUCUAUAUAAACUUUUAUUAUUUUAUAUACCCAUUGAAUUCCAUAAAAACACCGGAGAAAAGUUUGAAGACUUAUUUUUUAGCGCAUCUAUUUUUUCAAUGUCCUACGUGACUUGAACAACUUUUAAGUAUAAACGGAAUGAUUCUUUAACCAUGUCCUACUUAAUUAAUCAAAAAAUAAAAUAGUAUGGAUAUUUUUUUUCAAAUUCUUUUAGAUACAUGUUUAUCUAAAUUUGUGUAUAAUGAAGUAAUUUUUAUAUUCAUCCUUUAUACGAGGUACGUCCAGAAAGUAAGUUCCGUUGGACAAUAAAAACGUGUAAAUUUGUAAAUUUUAAUAUAAAUUUUAUUUGAAUAUAAAAUUAUAAAUUUUAUUUGAAUAUAAAAUACAACUUUAUUUUUCAACAUAGUUACCACCAU